AUGGCAACAGAGGAAAGGGCGGUGCUGGAAGCUCGGGGGGCGGGAGAAAACUGCCCGAACUUCCCCAGGAUGGUGCCUGAUGACCCCAUGUCUGAAGGGAAGUCGAGGGCUGCUUUGCUCCAGGAGGCAGAGUCCCCUAAGCCAGACUCUUCCUAUGACUACCUGGAGGAGAUGGAAACUUGUGAAGACAGAGGCUGCCCAGGGCCACCUACAUCACUGUCCUCCAAAGCCGGCCCCACCACCAAGGGCCAGGCGGGUGAUGGACCUGAACUCUCAGUGCCGCCCUGGGCCCCGGGAACCCAAGGGGCUGACUGUAAGGCCGAGAUAGAGCUGGAGAAGGUGCGCAUGGAGUUUGAGCUCUCACGGCUCAGGUACCUGCACGAGGAGAAUGAGCGGCAACGGCAGCAUGACGAGAUGAUGGUGCAGCUGCAGCAGCAGGCGAAGCCCCGCCUGUUCUCGGGAGGCCUCCAGGACCUCCUGCUCCCCCAGAACCAGUUUGCCAUGUUCCUGUACUGCUUCAUCUUUAUACACAUAAUCUAUGUCACCAAGGAGAUGAUCUUCUUUCUCUUCUCCAAGCACUACCUGUUCUGCAUCGCGACCAUUUUGCUCUGUUUGAUUAAAACUUUAUGGUCAUAUUUCCAAGUGCCUUCACUCUGUCCAUCACUGGGAACCUCCAUGCUCAAGUGUUAUUGA